AUAUAAACUGCUGCCUGACUUUAGAGAUGGGUAAGGUAUCCCUUGGGCAAGGGACGAAGCACAUAAAAGCUAGUGGAGGACCGGAAACUCAUCACCUGUCUCACUAUGCUACAACGUACUCAAACGUUCAUGCCAUUCCUGAAUUUAAACCUCGCCCUAAUACUCAUUCGGGAACAGGAUAUCUUGCAAAUUUUAGACCUGCUGUGUACUACAACGAAUCUAUAGAUAAAAUGGACAACCCUGAGAUUUUAUCUUCGAUCCGAGAUAACUACAAUACGUCAACCAAAGAUCACUUUAAAGAAAGUAGGGGAGCAAGCGGAACGGAACCAUUACCACCGUCCAUUUAUAAGGCUGGAAGCGGAUUCAUUACUGGAACUGUUAAUACUCUACCGCUUCAGAGAGAGGUUACUGACGUUCACGCUGACACAAGACGGAACUUCAAGACACAGCACCGAUCCUUGCUGUUUGAUUUACAACGAAAAGACCCAGUUGAACAGGAGAAUAAUGGCGUGGGCCCAAGGUACAUGAAGCCAGAAACAGCAUCAAAAUUCUCUGGAAAUCCUAGUAUGAAAAUGGAUUUGGAAGGUAGAACAGUCGGGAGAAAACAAGCAUCAGGUUUCAUCAAUGCAUACAACAUUGAACCUAUCACCUACCGUCCCGAUGAAAAUUUCAGCAACCCAAACACCAAGGCAAGACCAAUCGGCGAGAGUAUUAUGAGAGGUUCUUUCACCAGACACCCCUGUCCUAACGGGAACAGAGAAAGCAAUUCAGUUUCCAGCAAAGGACAGUGUGUAUCUGGAUUUGUCAAGGGAACCUAUACUCGGCCUGCGUUCUAUGCCAAGGCUAAAGAGGAAUAUUACACGAAGACUGACGACGUUCCAUCGGUACUUCUGAACAAAGUUUCUAAAUCUGAUCCUGCCGAGUAUGCGAACUUGACCAACCCGCAUAAUAAAUCAAGCAUAACACAGAUCCACUUCAAACCGGCAACGAAACUGCCACCGUUUGAGGUUGGUGAAGGUGCCAAGCUUGGGAGGUCUUUAACUGGUAAAAAAGAACCGACUGGAGCUGUGGCCAAUAACGACUUGUGGCUGCCACCCAAAGCUGACUCACCCGAUCACUAUACUACUUAUUACAGAUACAAGCAUCAAGAUUUGAACCCAACUGGAGCCAGGAGAGAAGGUUACAUUAGAGGACCAGUCUUGGCGACUAACAAUGGGUUCACCAAGUCGACAGCACUGCAUCUAUACGGAAGUGAUCCUGAUCCAAAACACAUGAUGAGAUCAAUGAACCCCUACCAAGCCAGGAGUUUGCUGAAUAGAGAUAAUCUAUUACUACCACAACAGACAAGAUAGAGAAAACAUUGUUCAUAAUAAAUAGAGUUAAAUCAAUCUAAUAAUCAUAAAAGAAAACUUUGCAAAAAGAUCAGAUUACAGAUG